UCCUUCAGAGGGAGACUUUUUACUCUGAUACUCUGAGUCCAUGUCAGAGCCUGAACUCUGUUACUGUGCUGGAGGAAACAAGCUGGAUCAGAACUUCUACUGUCACCAGAGUCUGAAUGAUGUGGACUUUUACCUCCUCUGUUCUGACUCUACAGCUCGUAGACUGAUCAGACUGUAGUGUAGUCACAACAAACGUUAAGACUUUUAGGCAUUUAGUGAGAGAAACUUAAAUAAAAAGUGUUUGUGUUCAAACAUUUUUGCUCGGCUGGAUGAAACCCUGAGGAGAGUUUAAUCUGUGGGGGUUUGUGGGCAGUCACAGCUUCACAAUAAGCUCACUUGUUAUUGACCUGAGAGAGAGAAAGGCAUGCAGGGCAGUGUGUGUGUGUGUGUGUGUGUGUGUGCGUGUGUGUGUGUGUGUGUGUGUGUGUGUGCUGAGCCAGGUUGGAGUUUCUGCGUCAGCGUUGACUCAGUCGUAGUCGGAGGCAGACAAACUGGACGGGCAGCUCAUUCCUCUGCUGUUUGUUUCCUUCAGAUCAACAUGGCCGACACACACAGAGCCUCAGCACAGGGCAGGAAGAAAUGGGUUUUUCCACAGAAAAGUUUGACUGAUGGAAACAAAGCGAGCGUUCGCUCUGCUGACAGAGACGCUGACAGAACUCUGGCGGUUCCGUUCAGAGGUCCCAUCACAGGUGGGAUGCAGCCGGGGAAGAAGGUCGUGGUGGUCGGUGUUGUGGACCCUCGUCCUGACAGGUUCUACGUGGCCCUGACUUGUGGUCGUGGAACGUCCGGGGAGCCUCCGCCCGACGUGGCUCUGGAGCUCUGCGUUAGAUUCAGGGACCGGCAGGUGCUGCGCAGAGCCUGUGUGUCCGGAUCCUGGGGGGACGUGGACAGAACCGUCCCCUUCUUCCCCUUCAUCAGAGACCAGCCGUUCAAGAUGGAGGUUCACUGUGAACACAGUCGUUUUCGGGUGUUGGUGGACGGACAGCAGCUGUUCGACUUUAACCAUCGAGUGAUGUCGCUCAGAGACAUCGACACGUUGUGGAUCAAAGGCAGCGUCACCAUCACCAAACUGGCGUGAAGACGUCAGUGCUGAACUGUUGAAGUGUUGACCAGGACCCGUCUGAACACAUCUUGGUACCAGGUGUUUGGUACUGGUACUGGUGACAAGCGAGUGUUUCAUGAUCUUGUCUUAUAUUUAUUUUUAAUGUUUCAUGUUGAUCUUAGAAAAGGUUUUUCUGUUUCUGUCUUUUUAUAUUGCAGAUAAAUGUUGAAUCACUCAGGAAACUCUGACAGACACAUCUGGCUAAAUCAAACCUGAUGUCACUGUAAUUAAAUGUGUUUUAUUUAAAAUGUUAACUUCAUACAAUCUUUGUGAUUUUAAUAAGCUGGCAGAUGUCUUGACUUUUUAACUUUUUACAUUCGAACACUGGGAUUUAGUGACAUUUUCCAUUGUGCAAAUGUGUUUCCAGAGUGGUCGACUGAAGGAUUUCUGAGGUUAAUGAAGUCACAUUUCUGUACAUUUUUCUUUUGACAGCCUCCCAAACACUCUGACUUUGGUUUCCUCUGGGAUUUGUUUGGGUUUCGGUGACCCGGGGAGUCAACAUGUGGAGGAAUAAAGAUUUAGUAUCCAGAAUUAUGCAAAAUAUGAAUAAAUGAAGUUAAAUGAAUCUAGUCUGACACAUAAACAUGUUCUGUUGGCUGGAGGUUGAGUUAGAAGUGACGUCAUGUUUGUCUGUUUGUCUUUAAUGUGAUCUGAUCACAACUACUGACAUUUAUUUUUAUUGGCAUUUUUGUCUGUUAAAGUGAUUCAUGACUGUAUUUUCUGUCUGGUGAGUAAAUAUAAAUAUCAGCUCCCACAGUGAUGCUGCAGGUCCAUUCAUCACCGCUCAGGAUUAACAUUUAAUAUCUGUAAAUGAAUAUUAAAAUAAAGCAGACACAGUUUGGUGUGUUUGGUUUCGUC